AUGGUCCAACGUUCUCUCUCUCUCUCUCUCUUCUCUCUCUUCUCUCUCUCUCUCUCUCUCUCUCGAUCUCUCUCUCUCGAUCUCUCUCUCGAUCUCUCUCUCUCUCGAUCUCUCUCUCUCGAUCUCUCUCUCUCGAUCUCUCUCGAUCUCUCUCGAUCUCUCUCUCUCUCGAUCUCUCUCUCUUCCAUUGUUUCCUCUUUCUCCUCCUCCUCUCUCCUCUCUCUCUCUCUCCCUGUGCACCGUGCACCAAACGUGUCUCUGUCUCUGUCUCUCUCUCUUGAUCUCUCGGUCUUCAUCUCUCUCUGUAUUUUCUCUCUCUCUCUCUGUCUCUCUGCCGAUUUGGUGCAAGGGAUCAGCAAUCAGGUGCUUGACGAGGUCAAUGAAUUGUUCCGUCGCGAUGCCGGCUGCAACUGUGUGAACACUAGCCUCUACUCUACCAAUGACAACAUUGCCGCGUGCCGCAAGGCCAUUCUGAUUGAAACGAUCGAUCGCAUCAUCAAUGAGACGUUUGAGGAUCGCCUCGUGGCGCUCGAGGCGGCAGUGAGCAACGCCGCUGGCUGCUUUGCUGGCCACACCAUGGUCAUGAAGGCCGACGGAUCCAUGGCACGCGUGGAUUCCCUCACCACGGGUGAUAUGCUCAAGUGUUUGGAUGAAGAUUACAACGCGACCA